GAAUAUCCCAUGAAAUCUGUCCUUUUUGACACAUGCUUCACAUUUUUUGGCCUAAAAAAAUCUUGCAAUAAUCAUUUCCCUUCUUCAACCAUCUUUUCAUCCCCAAAGAUACAGCCAACAAAACAAAAACAAAAACAAAAAACCUGUUCAUUGUUUGUUUUUCUAUAGUAAGAAAAAAAACAUGUUCAUCUUCAGUCACAAUUACUAGUUAUGUAACCAAAAAAAAUUACCAGUUAUGUAAUUUUCAUCUUCAGUCACAAUUCACCUCCAUCUCCAUUAUCCUUUCCUUCUUCCAACUCCACUCUUCUCAGUCCAACAUUAGUCUCUUAAUUACCAUUUUCCUUAUCUUCUUCCAUUUCUCACUCACUCACACCAGAUAGAACAAAAACAACAGAUUUUGACCCAUAUGAACCCACAACGUUAAACUUCAGAUCUGAAAACAAAGAUACAAACUUUUCAAUCUACAAAUUCAAAUGCUCAAAAGGGUUAUCUCAUAAUUCACGAUGGGUGGAGGAAGUAUCAAAAAGAAGAACUUCAAAAAUGUUUCAAUAGAUCACGUGCUUGAAGCUUUAGGUGAAACAAAAGAAGAAAGGGAUAUUCGUAUUCGAAGCCUUUUCAAUUUUUUCGAUGCAGGGAAUAAUGGGUAUUUGGAUUAUAGUCAGAUAGAGAAAGGGUUAUCUGCAUUGCAAAUUCCAGCUGAGUAUAAAUAUGCAAGGGAACUUUUCAAGGUUUGUGAUUCUAAUAGUGAUGGUAGAGUUGAAUACAAUGAGUUUCGUAGAUAUAUGGAUGAUAAGGAAAUGGAACUUUAUUGUAUCUUUCAAGCUAUUGAUGUGGAACAUAGUGGCAGUAUAGAACCUGAAGAGCUUUGGGAUGCACUUGAAAGGGCUGGAAUUGAAAUGGACGAAGAGGAGCUUGCUCGCUUUGUGGAGCAUGUCGACAAGGACAAUAAUGGAACUAUCACAUUUGAAGAAUGGAGAGAUUUUCUUCUACUUUACCCUCACGAAGCAACUAUCGAAAAUAUAUAUCACCACUGGGAGAGAGUGUACCAUGUAGACAUUGGAGAGCAAGCUGUGAUUCCUGAAGACAUUAGCAAGCACACUCACCGCAGCAAAUAUUUUAUCGCUGGAGGAAUAGCAGGUGCUACUUCACGUACAUUUACUGCUCCUCUUGAUCGUCUGAAGGUGGUCUUGCAAGUUCAGACUACACGUUCUUCUGUUAUGUCAGCAGUCACGACGAUAUGGAAGCGAGAUGGUUUAAGUGGGUUUUUCCGAGGUAAUGGAUUGAAUGUUGUGAAGGUAUCACCUGAAAGUGCCAUCAAAUUCUAUGCUUUUGAAAUGCUGAAAAAGGUAAUUGGAGAUGCUCAAGGCAACAAGUCCGAUCUCGGUGCUGCUGAAAGGCUUGUAGCAGGUGGUGUGGCUGGUGGAAUUGCGCAGACCGCAAUCUAUCCAAUGGAUCUUAUCAAAACUAGGUUGCAGACUUGUGCCUCUGAAGGUGGAAGGGCUCCUAAACUUUGGACACUCACAAAGAAUAUAUGGAUUCAAGAGGGACCUCGAGCUUUCUACCGAGGGCUUCUUCCAUCUGUGAUCGGCAUGAUUCCUUAUGCUGGCAUUGAUCUCGCUUUCUAUGAUACCUUGAAAGAUAUGUCCAAGAAAUAUAUUAUUCAUGACAGUGACCCUGGUCCUCUGGUACAACUAGGAUGUGGGACAAUUUCUGGAACCCUUGGAGCUACUUGUGUCUAUCCACUGCAGGUUAUUCGUACUAGGCUGCAGGCACAACCUUCAAACAGUUCCGAUGCUUACAAGGGGAUGUGUGAUGCAUUUUUGAGAACUUUUCAGCGUGAAGGUUUUAUAGGUUUCUACAAGGGACUCCUUCCAAAUUUACUCAAAGUUGUACCAGCUGCGAGUAUUACUUAUAUGGUCUAUGAAAGCAUGAAGAAAAGUCUCGAUCUAGAGUAAAGUUUAUAUAUCAGCUGGUUUUCGCACAAGUAUCUAGCUACUUUAAGUGUUGGCUUAGCUUUGGCCCAUGCUACUUCCAAUUAACUUUGAACAUCUACAUUGUAGGUAGUGUUCUUGAUCUUUGUAGACUAUACCCCCACGGUUGGACUAUUAUAGUAAUUUUUUGAUGUAAUCGAGCUAAUGCAAAUACCUUGGUAAACAGUAAAUCUUGCAUUGUUGAUGAUGACUAUAAAAAAAGAAUACUAUUUAGUCCUUUAGGCAAA